AUGGAACAGAGCAUCCAAUGCAAAUACACUCUGCACCAAACCGUCACAAAAAAACUCGUAAAACCAAGAAAGCCCUCUGACUCCAUUCAAAACCGUUCCAUUUCCACAGUUUCAAUAUCCGUAACCGAUCCAUACGCCACUGACUCAUCCAGCGACGAAGAAGAACUAAAGCACUUCCCUCGCCAGAGAGUGAAGCGCUAUAUCCACCGAAUCAAUUUUCAACCUGCAAGCAAAACCCUCACAUCCAAAAAGAGACCCGCCGGAGAAACCAUUUCCCGCCGCCCGCCGCCGAAGGUCUCUGUUUCCGGCGAUUCUAGAAAGUACCGCGGCGUGCGGCAAAGACCAUGGGGAAAAUGGGCGGCGGAGAUUCGAGAUCCCACGAAACGUGUCCGUCUCUGGUUGGGAACCUUCGACACCGCCGAGGAAGCUGCCACGGUUUACGACAAUGCCGCAAUUAAACUUCGGGGCCCCAACGCGUUAACGAACUUCAUCACGCCGCCGGCGAGAGAAAAGCCGGCGGAAGAUGAAGUUUCCACUGGAAAACCGAAAAUGAAAGUGGUUGUUAAAUCAGAGGCGUCUGGCUCCGGCUACGACUCUGGAGAUGAAUGUCUCAACCUUUCUUCGCCUACUUCGGUUCUCCAAUUCAACGAACCGCAAAAACCGGUUAAUGCUGAACAGGUUAAGAUUGAAGAGUGUGAAGGUGAGACAAUGUGGUUUCACGAAACCAGUGAGUUUUUGCGACCUAUUUGGGAUGAUGAUGUGUUUAAUUUUCCAACCACGCCAGAGUACUCGGUCAUGUUUGAAGACCCUGUUUCACACAUGUUUGACGAAACGACACCGGUUUUGUUUAGUGAUGUUUCAAGUGAUACUGUGAGUUUUGAGGAAAAGUACUCGCCAUCAACGUUGUGCCAAGUGGACGAUUAUUUUCAAGAUAUUUUGUUAGGUUCAGAUCCUCUUGUGGUGCUGUGA